ACAGCGUCCGUGGCUCAUCGUGGCGUAUUUCUCUGAUUGGCGCCAGUGAGGUCUCUUAUUGGCGCCAAAUGUAUUAUCUUGCGCCAUAAAUUAAUGUAUUUCAAAGCUGUUGGAAAAUCUAACCUUCUCGAUAAAUUAUAACUGUUGGUGAUGAUCUUUGAAAUAUUGAACGAGUUGUAUACAUUUUACAAUGUUAAGUUGAAAGGCAUUAGCGGGUGAAUUUGUUGUGGUGGGAGUAGAACACAGAAGAAAUGUCAACCAGAUGGUAUCCACUGUACCAGCGCGGUAACCCUCAGCUGAGGAUAUUUCUACCAAAUUUCUGGCUGAAACUCGUUAGGCCUUCAGUUCCUCAACCUCCUAAUGUUGUAGAAUUCAUUGUAUCCACGGAGAUGACGAGAAUCGAUAUCAAGAACUAUUUGGAAAAAAUAUACAACGUACCUGUUGUCAAUGUGAGGACGCGAAUCGCAAUGGGUAAAACCCACCAGGAUAAGCUGAAGGGAUACAUUACCAAAGAUGAUGACUACAAAGUUGCUUAUGUGACUUUGCCGAGAGAACAUGCCUUUAAGUUUCCAGAUAUUUUUCCCAAAAUGGACCGUGAAGAAAAAGACAAGAAAUCUCUGGAAGAGGCAAAAGAAGGAUAUAAAAAAUACAUAGAGCGUUCAAAGGAUCGUCCGGGUGCACCAGGGUGGUUUUCUUUUUAAAGAUAUUGUAUGUUUUGUACUGCAUUCUUCUUGUCACUGUGGACGUCAGAAGAUGGAUGUAACAUCGUUGUGAAGAGAAUAGUGAUAGCUACAAGUAUAUAUACUCAAUAUACAUUGUGAUUCCAUCUGUUGAACUGUUAUUUUGAAUGUUUUCUUAGAAUCUUAAAUACAUGUUAUCAUGAAA